UCAAAUCUCUACAUAUAAGCAGCACCAAAAACAUAAACCGAGAACAAACAAGUUAGUAAAAAAUAUGGCUAAGAUGAUUGAGGCAAAUAUUGUUCCAUUUAUAAUAAUAGGGAUGCUAGUUUUGAUCUCUAAUUCACAAUUAGUAUAUUGUGGAUCAAUUGAUCCCAAAUGUUUUAUGAAAUGUGCUCAAUUAUGUUUCCAAAAUCCUGGUUGUUACAUGGCAUGUGCAAGACAAUGUGGGGGUUCUCUCAAUAAGAAUUCUUCACCAAUGCACUAUUGCAAUCUUGGUUGUUCAAUUCACAAGUGUGCAAGUUUAAUCAAAGAUGACAAACAAUGGCAAGGUUGCAUGAAGGAUUGUUCCGACAAUUAUUGCAAAAUUAGAGCUUAGAAGAUAAUCUUCAAAAUUUUGUUAUAUGAUAUUAAUUAAUUAAUGUUGUAAUUGAAAAGCUAAUCAUAUGCCAU